AUGCCUCGUCAACAACGUCGUGCCGCCCCUACCCCUGCGCGCAGCGCCCCGAGCCGCCCUACCGCCGCCCCUGCUCGCCCAGCGGCCGCUCCCCAGCAGCACCAGGCGCCUCACUCGACUGCUGCCCACCCCCAGCAGCAGCCUAUGCACGCCCCUCCCCAGCAGAGUGCCGGUUCCGGCCUCUUCGGCCAGAUGGCUUCCACCGCCGCCGGUGUCGCAAUCGGCUCCUCCGUCGGCCACGCCAUUGGCGGUUUCUUCGGCGGCGGUGGUUCCAGUGCCCCCGCUGAGGCCCAACAGCAGGCUCCCGCCGACUCCCAGGCUAUGGACAACGGUCUGUGGCAGAGCAGUGCCAACCAGCAGCAGUUCGAGAACCCCGCCUGCGCGAACGACGUCCGCAACUUCCGCCAGUGCAUGGAUGAGAACCAGGGCAACAUUAGCAUCUGCGGUUGGUACCUGGACCAGCUGAAGGCCUGCCAGGCUGCUGCCAAGCCGUACUAA